UAGAGUUGUCCCAGACAAACCAUUGACGGCUUAAUCAAGCAGAGCAACAAUGGAGGUCGAUAAGAACUGCAAUUUUUGGCUUCCCAAAAAGAACCGAUUUUGUGCUAAUGCUUGCCUCCAUCAUUCCCUGUUCUGCGGCAACCACAAACCCAGGUCCGAUGACCAGUGGAUCCCAUGCCCAAUCGACCCUUCACACUCUGUACUUAAAGAAAAUCUGGAAGGACAUGUAAAGAGAUGCCCUUUACUGAAGCAAGUUCAAUCCUUGACUCUCCAACCUUAUUAUCAAAAGGGCAUCAAUUCUGGAAAUCAAACAGAAGAAGAUGGCAAAAUGAUUACUUCAGAGUUGAAGAGGAACGCUGUUUAUAGCAUGAGUGUUGCUCAAUUCUCUGAACUCAUUCGAAAAAUCGAGUCCCUUCAUGAAUCCAUACGCCACUAUAUUCGGGACUCGUAUAAGGUACCAGAAGCUUGCGGCAUUUGGAUUAAACGACAAGUUGACGGGAAAUUGCCAUUUCAAGAAAAGCAUGUGGCCCAACAGGCCUCGAUUCUUGCAAACCUGGAAGAAUUUGGGAUACUGGAUAAAAAUUCUAUUGAAAGUGAGGGGUUUGAUCAUGAUGGAUUCUUUGGGAAUGGCAAUGGUGUACCUGCGGUGGUUGAGUUUGGAGCAGGAAGAGGGUACUUGACACAAAUGCUGGCUGAUUGCUAUGGAAUCCAAAAGGUCUAUUUGGUGGAGAGGAAAUCAUACAAGCUAAAGGCUGAUCGAUCCUUGCGACAAAAAGAGAGACUGAUAUUAGAGCGUUUGAGAAUUGACAUUGAAGAUUUAAACUUGAAGGCUGUUGAGUCUCUACGGGGUGUUCCUUACCUAGCUAUUGGUAAACAUCUCUGUGGGCCUGCAACAGAUUUGACUCUGAGAUGUUGCCUCGUGAAGUACUGUGACCAAGAAAAUAUUCCAGUGAGCGAUGUUGAUACAAACCUGAGAGGUCUAGCUAUAGCCACAUGUUGCCAUCAUCUUUGCCAAUGGAAGAACUACAUAAAUAAGACCUACUUUUCAAAUUUGGGGUUCACAAAGGAAGAUUUCCACGCAAUCACAUGGUUUACCAGUUGGGCAGUAGAUGCUGAUCAUAGUUCAGAUAUUCUCGAUGUUAAUAAUUGCAGCCUGGAUUCCCAAUCCAUGGAGACAAAUUUUAGUGAGAAUAGAGGAGUUGAAGAAGUGAUAAGGAACAUGAAAGCAGCUGAAAGGGCGGCACUGGGGUUUAAGUGCAAGCAAAUAAUUGACAUGGGAAGGAUGGUGUGGAUGAAGGAAUGUGGAUUAGAUACACAGUUUGUCAAAUAUGUCCCAUCUACCAUCUCUCCUGAGAAUCAUCUACUUAUUGCCAGAUGCAUCAACCAUUUAUGAGAUCUUGUUGUUCUUCUGUGUUUUUUCUUUGGAUGAUAUUGUGCGGUCCUCGAUAGUCAGAUUACAUAACAGUCAGAUUACAUAACAAUCAUAUCUGAACGUUUUGAAAAAAAAAAAAAAAAAGAUUUAAAUUUAAGUGUAUCUCUGUCCAGAAUGGUGGUUCUUUUUUCUCUCUCUUUUUUUUUUUUCC